UGCUGAUGUGUGUGACAUCUCUGGCAGCUAAGAAAUAACUGUCUUAGGACUGAUUUCCCCUUUUGAAACCAAAUGGAUGAUGUCCACCUCAGCCAGCAAUUCCUUCACAAACCAGGGAUGCUUCUAAAGGUUCUGGUGAAAGAUGACCCUCCUGAUUGAAACCUGAGCCAGGAACAAGAGACUAAAGACAUUUGGAUGGCAGGGAAAUUGGAACCUGUGAAUUGAAACUGUCCUGCUGGAAGAACCUUGUAAUGAUGUAAAGAGUUCAGAUUGUGUCAGCUGUUGCUGUUGUGUGUUUGUCAAAUUACAAGUCUAUCUGAAUGGCUUAUAUGAGAUGCUACUGUUUGGGAUGCCAUAAGGACAGUAACUAAAGGUAAAGUUGAGGAGGGUGUCUAUAAAUUGGACUAAACCUUGUUGAAGGUAGUAGGUUUAACCACUAUCCUUUAUUUUAGUUCAGUGUAUUUCCUAAUUGAAACAAAAACAAAUGCAAGGCUGCUCAGGAAUUCAAACGCUCUUGGAGUUUUAGCUAGGUGUCUGGGAAGGAUCGUGUGUGGGUGGAUGAAGGAGAGAGCUCAGAGGCACAGAAGGAACCAAGGAAGAAGAAAGCUUCAACAAAGCCUAAAACAGCACUUGUGUGUGGCCUGGGGAGAAGCCUUUAAAGUUGACUCUUGGGGCAGGUGCUGCAUAAAGGAAGAAUUUCUUGCCAAUGAGGACUUCACUUGCAGCAGCUCUACCUGCAGCACUAGAAAUGCUAUGUGCUGACAGAACCUGUUUAGAAACAGCAUUGCAUGUGCUGAAACUCUAAAUGAAAGCAGCAGGAGCUCAAGCAAAUAGGAUCCUGUCUGAUCAUCUCUUGACUGCUGCUGUGGCAGAAUGGCACCAGGAGAGAGACAGCCCCUCAGGUGCCCUGCCUGCCCGGGCUGGAAGCAGAAGGGAAGCGGUGCCCCUACAUCUGCCCUCUGCUUGCCUGGUUUGCCCUCAACAUGUGGCUCUUCUUGAGAACCUUCUUGCUGUAUUACCAUGGGCCACAGUAUUACUACUUGCAUCGGAUGCUAGGGGAUUGUGUAUUAGCAGAGCUUCAGCAUCUGUUCUCAACCUCAACUGCAGUGUGAUCCUUUUACCAAUGUGCCGUAUUCUCCUGGCCUUUCUCCGUGGAUCUCAGAAGGUUGCUAGCAGGAAAAUGAGGCGACUGUUGGAUAAAAGCAAAACUUUCCAUGUGAUGUGUGGGGUUACUAUAUGCAUCUUUUCAGUUGUACAUGUUGCUGCUCACCUGGUGAAUGUCCUUAACUUCUCCCAGAACUAUACUGAAGAUUUUCUGUCACUAAAUGCAGCAAACUAUCGUGAUGAGGAUCCUCAGAAACUCCUUUUCACUACUGUUCCUGGGCUGACCGGGGUCCUUUUGGUGCUAGUUUUAUUCCUAAUGUUUACAGCUUCUACAUAUGCUAUCAGGGCUUCAAACUAUGAUAUUUUUUGGUAUACCCACAACCUUUUCUUUGUCUUCUAUUUGCUGCUGAUAAUACAUGUUUCUGGAGGAGUGCUGAAGUACCAGAUUAACAUACAGCAACACCCUCCUGGAUGCUUUAACCCCAACAAAACACUCCAAGAGACUAUUCCAGAGCCAAAAGUUUUUGAAGAGUCUUUUCCUGAGUAUGCUAGUCAGCCUUUCCCAGAAGGUUUAGCAGAGACAGACUCAUUCGUACAAACAAAGUUUGAGAGAAUUUGUACCGAGGAACCCAAGUUCCAGUCACACUUCCCAGAGACCUGGCUGUGGAUUUCUGGACCUUUGUGCUUGUAUUGUGCAGAAAGGCUCUAUCGCUACAUCCGAAGUAAUAAACCGGUCACGAUAACUUCUGUGAUAAGCCAUCCCUGUAAUGUCCUUGAAUUGCGAAUGAUGAAAAACAACUUUAAAGCAAGGCCAGGUCAGUACAUUAUUCUACAUUGUCCAAGAGUGUCAGCAUUAGAGAGCCAUCCAUUUACUCUCACAAUGUGCCCUGCAGAUACCAAAGCCACAUUUGGGGUCCAUAUUAAAAUAGUGGGAGACUGGACAGAAAGAUUUCGGGAUUUGCUGCUUCCACAUUGGAGUCAGGACACAGAGAUUCUGCCCAUCUUUCAUCAAAGGCAUUAUCCCAAGCUAUUUGUGGACGGUCCUUUUGGGAGCCCCUCAGAAGAAUCCUUGAAUUACGAGGUUAGCCUCUGUGUGGCUGGAGGCAUUGGAGUUACUCCAUUCGCAUCGGUACUCAACACACUGCUUGACGACUGGAAAUGCUACAAGCUCAGAAGACUCUACUUUAUUUGGGUGUGCAGGGACAUCCAGGCUUUUUGCUGGUUUGCCAAUUUGCUCUGUGUGUUGCACAACAAGCUUUGGCAGGAAAACCGACCAGACUUCAUAAACAUCCAGCUGUACCUCAGUCAAACAGAUGGGAUACAGAAAAUAAUUGGUGAAAAAUAUCAAGCCCUGAAUUCAAGGCUUUUGAUUGGACGACCUCGUUGGAAACUCCUUUUUGAUGAAAUAGCCAAGUGUAACAGACAGAAAACUGUUGGCGUUUUCUGUUGUGGACCAAAAGAAAUUUCCAAGACACUGCACAAACUGAGCAACAGGCACAAUUCAUAUGGAACAAGGUUUGAAUACAAUAAAGAAUCUUUCAGCUGAAAGUCUGCUGGAUUAACAGAACUCUAUAGAAGAAGCAAGUGCAAUUCUUUGUUUGUAAGACAUAAGUCAGCUGUGUAUUAAGCAGAUGCCAUGUACCAAAGUUUUCUUAUUUAUGAUUAUUUAAAACUCUGAAGUAUGGUGGACACAGCAAAGUACGAAGCCAAAUCAUGCCAAAUUUUUACGCUCAAGGCCAAAAAGGUUCAAAGAAUAUUUUUUGUUGUGAUGGUGGUGAUUAAUUUUGCAAUGCUUAACUUAAUAAUAAUAAAAAGGAGA